GUUGUUUUUGUUGAUGAUGAUAAUGAUGUUGAUGAUAUUUUUAGUCAGCCACAUCAACUUAUGCGAUACAAUGGAUGUAUACACAAAACAUUCCCACAGAGAAGCAAGAAUAGAAAUCAGGCAGAAAAAAACCUGUGCUAAAUAAAACAACGUCACGGGAAAAACAUUGCUUAACAAUGACCCACAAGAGGAAUAUUUUCAUGUAUGAAUUGCUAUUUUUAAUUUUGAUUAACAAAGAACAAAAAGUUUUUCUCAAAUUUUGAAGUUACUUUUGUUAAACCUCCAAGUUGACCUUUCAGCCAGCAAUUGCAAAGCCACCCAUGCACACCCCCACAUACACCUACUUACACAUCUGCACACCCCUUAUGCCCAUGCAUACAUAAACACAAACACACAAUGGGUGGUGUGGUGAGAUUUUAUAAAUCUGCACUGGAAACAGGUUUUUUUUCCCCCAGUAUCCUAACAAAAAACAGAAACGAAAGGCAAUACUCUGUUUUUUUUAAGCACUGGUUCUUGCGCGCUUGGAUAGUAUUUUUGCAAAUUUCCUCACUUUUCAUGGUUGGGGACAGGAUGCCGGUUUUAAUUACUCAUACUGCUAUCACAUCGCUACCUUAAGCCAUUUUAGGCAAUUACCUGCUGGUCUCCCUGUAGUGUCGUUCUCAAUGACGGUAUUAAACAUUUCUGGAAACAAACUGUCAGUCCUUAGGUUUCUAUGGUAACUGUGGCCGACACCUACCUGCUUGCUGACGACAGCCACCAGCGUGUUUUCAGGCUUGCAGACAAGCGCGUGGUUGCAGAAGACUUUGCUUCUCGGUCCAGUGGGCUUUCACCUUCCGGCGCAUUUUGAACUUCGGAAAAAUAAAAAAAUAAAAAGAAAUAAAAAAAACACCGUCUUGCAGUAAUUUGAGAAGAUUACAGGACAAGUUUUCCGGUAUGAAAAAAGCUGGAGAAGGGUAUCUCAUCAUCAUACAGUUCAUCUCUUAUCGUCAACGGUACACAAAGGCAAAAUGAAACAAGACAUCGCUUAACUGCAUGUAUCCAAACAUGAUUGGAGGUCCAAGUUGAACAGAGCCAAGAAAAGGUUGGUUUGAAGAGGAAGCUGACGGGACCUCCAAGGCUGCUUUUGGGCAAAUUCAGGGCUAAAACUCAAGGUGACAACGAGACAGAGGCUCAGACUGAGGGACCCGAUGACAGGAGUGACAGCAAGGAGCCCGGAAUGGAUUCUCCCAAAAGCCAGCACGGCAACACGGCAGAUGAUGGCUCCCCGAGCAUCGCCAUGGAGAGUUUCCAGAAUCUCACCGCCAAGCAGCCGGAGAUGAAGAGUGAGCAGGCCCCAGCCGUAGCUUUGGAGGUGUGUUCCACUUCAAAGAAGAGUGACGCAGAGGGAGAGGGUCGGGAUGAUAGAAAUACAGUGAAAGAGCGGGCAAAGAAAAGGUCCCGGAGGUGGUUCUGGGCCCCCUCUAUGGUCUGCAUAAGAAGACGCAGGAGGAGAUCUGUUGGGGAACGAGGUGCAGAUGGACCCUCCUGUGAUGUGAAGACCAGUCUUGCUGGCGAGCUCCUUGUGGAUGACCCCACUGGCCCAAGCGAAGACCGCAAGGCCACCAUUUUACAUUAUCAAGGCGAUGCUGUCACAGAAGGAAAAGGUGGAUUCUCAGACAGAACUGGAUCCACCUUGAAAAGACUGAUUGCAUUUGACAAACGCAAGAAGCCUAAAGGAGUGCAUUCGGAACCCGCAGUGCAAAGUGGAUCUAAAGCCCGGCUUCACCCAAAAGCUUCCUUCAGGAAAAGAAUGGGACUUUUCUUUAAACGUGGAAGCAAGAAUUCCCCUACCUCAGCAGAGCACAGGGGCACAACAGCUCCUCUGGACAGAGAGGCCGUGGGACUGCCUCUCCACGGACAAGGAGAACUCAGUGUCCCAGAGGGUGACUGUUCAGAAGCUGCUACGAAGUCAGGGGGUCACCUGACGGUGAGCGUGGAGGUGAGUGCUCUCGGCCAAGGAAGGACGGAAGAGAGAAGUCCCGUGGGGAGCAGCAAUAGGGCCGAUGGCGGUGGGAGCCCCGUGGGGUUGAGAAUGAUAGCAGAAGAAUUUAAACCUCGGCGUGGCUGUAAGGAUGAGCUGGACAGCAGACCUGAGCGGAGACUGAAAUCUGACCUCCCCUCAAAAAGUGCUGGUGGCCUCCCACCGCUGAUGGAGGAGACCUCUGCUGCAGAGAAAGACUCGGAUUGGUCCCCUGAUCUCAGAGCAAACCCCCACAAGGAUAGGUUAAAGGAAUCAGAUGCCGGAUCUCCAGUGGAUGUCACAUGUGCUGAGAAUGGCAGAAUUCCAGAGAAUGCACACACAGAGGAUGCAAUGGGAGAGGGGCAUUCCUUGAGUGGACUUGGUCUGGAGAGCAGCGUGCAGGAUCUCCUUGCCUUGAAUGUCAGGGUACACAAUGGGAUUGACUGCAUGGGACACCUCAGCAGGGUCACUGUGCCCAUGGAAACAGACAUUGUGGUUACCAAUGGACCAAUGGGAUCCCCUUUGGAGGACCUCCACCUUGGGGGCAGGUCCUUUCUAAACGACCUCCCUUAUUGUGAAUCUGGCCCACGGAAUUGCGAGGCGCUUCUGGUACAGACCGCCUCCUCCUUGGUCCAGGCAGCAGUGAAGGCAGCCCUGGACCAACUUGCGGCGGAACUGGACGCUGCGGCUGCCAGCGUCCACCAGGGGGCACAAGCGUGUCUCUGAGCCCCUCAUUGACUCUGUUCCCUACACCUUAAUGAACAGUACUUAUUGGGGAGGAACAAACAGGAGGCCAGCAGAAAUGUCUUGUGACCAAACACCAUACACCUCCCCUCCCCCACGCAUACACACUGCACACAGAGCACAUCUAUCCCUUCGUUUUCAACAAGAAAAGCUUUCCAGCAGUGCCAACCAACCAGUGCAUUGUGACUUUUAAUAAAAUAUCCAAAAAUGUCAGACAGAAAUGAGUACCACGACGGUACAAUUAAGGAACUAUCCAUUAUUGUGUUCUUGCUUACUCAAAGGUCAUGGGAGGGGAAUCUGAGCAUUAAAUAUAUGUUGUCAUGUUGGUAAGACAGUUUUAAAUAUAAUGGACAGAUUAAAUUAAACCUAAAAAUCAUUUAUAUUUUAUUCAAUCCAUCUAGCGGCUUGUUGUGUUGGAGGCCAGAGUAAAAAAAAAAAACAUAUUCUGUGAAGGCUAGCCAGUGGCAAUUCUAUUUUACACUGAUAAAAAGUGACCAUUUAAAUGUGUUUUAUUCAAUUAGUCACAAUUGUAUCUGAAAUGUGUAACCUGUGUGUAACCAUUUUUCUCACUCUUAGCAAUUGGAAAAGGAUCUGAAGUCCAUUAGCUAUGUAAAUGUAAGGUAUUUCAGCUGUCAAUAAUGUGAAUUGUAGUCAGUGUUGAAACCGUCAAAAUAUGGAAGGUUGCCUUGCAUUUUCUGUAGUUUUCUUCUUAUGUGAUUUCAUCACUAACACACAUAAUUACUGCUGAACAGGUUUUGUGGGUUUAUGGCCAAAUGGCUAACCAGCUGGGCACACGUACGCUCCUCCAUAUUAAAUGCAAAGCAAGACAAGUCUUUUAUCAAGUUUACCCUUGAGAAUUCUUAUCAGAAUGGAUUCUGUGUUAUACCUAUUGUAGACCAGUGGCUCUGUUUUACCUUUUUAUAUUUAUCACAUGUGUCAUAUGCAUUUAUGUCCAUGCUGUAAAAAAAUGCAUUUGGUGUGUUACUGUUCAUGAACACUGCUGACAGAUUGAGCGAAAGAGACAAGCAACAUAUUUUCUCACCAGUCUUUAUUUCAUCAAGGCUUUUGAGACAGAACUUAAAAUAGAGAAAUGCUGAGAAUGACAAAGAUCCUCUGGAAGACCUGUGUUUGGUAAAUGCCAAAUAACACCUUUGUGUUGAUUAAUCUUCUAAGAAAAAACAACACUUGAGACAGUUUUAUGCCUUGCCCGGUGCUGUCAGAGCACUCUUCCAGGGCCAAGGCCUCUAAUAAUGCAUUGUUAAUCACCUAGUCUGCCUGAAUUUGAUUAGGAAAUUGCACUGAUGCUCACUAAGUAUAGUGAAGGAAAGUUCGGCAAAUAAAUUACUACCAAUUACAGACCGAGAGAGGAGAAACACUUUAGACAUUAUAUCACAUUCAGACAAACAGACACAACUUGUGAUCAUACACGUACACAAGCACUCUCACACAAACACUAAAACAUUUUUAAAUACAGUUGUAAGCACUUAAAUGCACAUAAUAUAAAAUAGUUAAAGAAUUUUUUUUUUUUUUUAAAGGAACACCUUAAGGGGAGAUACCACAGGUGAAUAGUGAAAAAAAUGUUGUUUCAUCCCAUCAAAAUGAGAUUUUAUAUUUUGAAUGUGGACACUAAUGCAAACAUUUUCUGUAUUAUGAUUUUUAUUUAUUUUUUAGGAACAUAUGCAAAUUGGCUCAUGAAUAAUUAAAAGUGAAAUUGCAUAUUCGUUUAAACACUUUAUUUUCUUAGUGGAUUGAAUCAAUCUGUAAAGUAAGCUGGAAAAAAAUGGCUGAUGAUACAUUGAAUGUAAAACAUAUAAUAAACGGAAUAUUUACAGAUACAUAACACACUGUAUGCAAUUCAUAUCGGCAAGCUGAGGAGAGUACUAACAUUAGAAAAAGCCUUUUAACAACAGAAACCAAUAAUAUUCUAGUUAAUAACUAUAUUUGAGAAAUCAUUGUCACAAUUUUGAAUGAUAUGCGAGUCAACAGGGUCAAUCCUACAGCCUUAGUGACACACGUUUAUGAAAGAUGCUACCAGAAGCUCAUGUUAUGCUUGGUAUAUGGCUGGUAUGAAAUAUUUUAAUUAACAAUUUAAAGUUGUCUCUGAUCAUUGUUUCAUAUAUUUUAUGAAACAAAAGUUGUAGAAGCUAAAUAUCAUAAUCUCUCAAAAUUGACCUGUCCAGCUAAAAUCACCCUUUUUGCCUGUGGUUCCUCCUCUCAAACGUUGUGUUCAAUUUGGUAUGCUAUUUGGACUUCUGUAGCUGUGGUUAUUUUGCCCAGAUCUAAAAUUGCCUAAUUAAUCUCAGGCUUAAUAGCAUUUCAAGCCAGGAAAUAUAAUUUCACUGUCCAGUAAUAUCCACACAUCUCCUAAUUAACCAGCUAAGUGUGACACUCCUGUUGAUUAUGACCUUUUGCAUGCAGACAGACAUAUCUGUCAUUUAAAAUGCCCUGUUAAGCUGAAAAAAAGUUGGCGUUCAUGUUAGGUGAGGGCUUUUUCCUCCAAGUGCCCUGGUAAAUGUAGUGCCAUGAUAUAAUUGUUCAUGUUGCAUUUUAUUUUCAGCUAACAUGUUUCCAUUCUGACCAUUCACAAUGUUCUGUCUUCCUGUUGUUGCCUAGUGCUCCUGCUUGCACAUGUCCAUGUUAGCCGUAUAAAUAGUACCUCUAUAAAUAGUAGUAUCUUCUACAA